UUAGGUGCGAGGGUGCAGGGCUGGGUGGGAGCUAAGGGGCCGGAGGGCUGUUUGGGUGCUCAGGGUGCUGCUGAGCUGCCGGUACUCCCGUGUCCCCCGAGGCCAGGGCAGUGGGAUCCAGCCCGGCGUUUGGUUCCGCACAGCAGCUCCCGGGGCGACUUUAAUGCGCCUUUCCCAGCUCGGUGUUCUCAACUAAACACCCGGUGCAGCUUUCACCGCUUUCACCUUUUGGGGCUGCUUUAGAUCUAAGUUUAGGUUUUAAGUGCUUGAGGUCCUCAGGCUGUUUCUAACAGCACGGUAAACUUGUUUCCUUUAAAAAAAAACAGCAAGGAACUGAAAACGGGAGUAACAGUUUUUAUCUGACAACAACUUUGUGCAUUGCAUGGAAAAGGCUUCCAACAGGACAUAAGGAUGAAGCGGUUCAUGGCCAUGUUAAACAAGAAUAAAAACAAGGACUCACCACCCACCAAGCUGCUGGAUCUAGCAGGACAGCUUUGCCAGGACCUCCAGAACUCAUCUCCUGGUCUGGAGGAGCUGGUUGAGGCCAUGAUGGGAUGCAAACACAAGAUGCAUUUUCUUACUAACAUCCACGUUGUCCGAGCUUGCGUGUUUGUUCAUGUCCGUAACGGGCAGCAUGAUGCAGCCUGCAGACUCCUGGAGCAUUGUAGGGCAGAGGAGAAGGAGGAGCUGGUGCAGCUUUGGCAUGAGAUUCACUAUCGGAGGUUUAUGGAGAAACACCGCACGGAUUUCCUAACCCCACUGCAGAAAUUCCGUUGCAGAAAGAGGAAUCCUCCACCUAUUUCCCUUUGUCCUGAAGGCCUGAAGAAUCGAAACUAUUCAGAUGAAGUACGCCGGCAGCUGCACAGGUUUGCUGCAGAGGUGACAACGAGUCCAAACAAGGAACAGCGGGAGGCACUGGCCCGGGAUAUGAACCUGCAGCCAGCUCAGGUCUAUAACUGGUUUGCAAAUUACCGCCGACGUCAAAAAUCCUGCAUCCCUCGUCUGGAAAAGCUCAACAACUCCUGUCCUGAGAGGACUUUGACUUGCCGCACAAGGGAGUGGCAGGAUAACACAUCCUACGUUCCACAGGCUGCAGGUGGAUCUUGUGUAGGCAUUGGCUCCCAGCAGAUGGAGAUAACCCUCAUGCCCUGCACCCCAGGGUGGGAGCAGUCAGCUGCAGAUCUGAAUAAGCCUCCCGAAGGAAGUUAUUUAAAAAUGCUGGAAUCCAGCUUUAUGCAGAGCAGCGAGCUGUACGAAGCAAGCACAAGUGAGGUGGUGUUGACUACUCACAGCACUGAACAUCCUGUAGCUUUUCGCACUGAGGCUGUGCUGGAACCCGAACCCUGCUUUGACUCUGCCACCCUGCAGCCUGCAGAAGCAGCAAGCAGUACUGAUGCCAGCCCCCAGCCGGGGAACUUUGUCCUGUGCUCCUGCAGGUCCCUUCCCAUCCCAGAGCAAUGGCUGGCAGUGUGGCAGGCCCCUUCGAGCACUGGAGGAGUCUCUGGCUCCAUGUGGACCCCAAGUGUAGAAGGUAUUAGAGUUCCCUUGAGCAGAGUCCCUCAAGGCGGCUAUAUUGAGGCCAAUUCAGGAAGACUCACUCAUCAGGCAGAUUUAGAGGUUGAAAGCUUCACCCUUAGAGAAGGACAGCUAGGGACCCUGGAAUCUAUCCUCCCCCACAGUCCCUGCCAGCCUGUGUUUGGCAAGCCUCUGUGCCCUGCUGCUUCUGCACCCUGUGUGGAAGAAUGCCAAGCCUUGGGACACAGCCAGGUCCUGGAGGAUCCAGUUGGUGAUCUGUUAACCAAUGACACGUUCUGGGCAGCAUGGCUGCUCUUUGAAUUCUCAGCCGGCAGACGAAUGUGACCUGCCUACGGAGAAGCUGCUUGUGGUCUGCGCUUUCCCAGGAAACACCUUCUCCUUUCCUGUUUCAAUGUUGGGGUUUUUUAAAUGAAGGAGGGGUUUGACAUGAAUAGAAAGAGCGAGGCAGAAGGGUGCAGGCUUUUUCUAGUGGUUAAAAAUUUUGUUGUAGUUAGUUACAUUUGGAAUUCGGCAAAAGAUAGAAGAAUCCAAAGGUGCAUUGUGGGUUGUAGGUUGUUACUGGAGCAGUCUGAAGCUGCACUGUAGAUGCUAAAAAUAUCAUGUUACUGGUCCUGUGGCAGUUUUAAGUAUUUCUACCCCCAGCACUGAGGAGAUUGGAGCCCUUCGCUACAUCAUGAAGGAGUCGCGGGCAGCUCGGCUCCCUCUGCCUCAGGCUCCUCCAUCUCGCGCAGCAGGAGCCCAUCUCCUCUCUCGGAGACCGAACCGCAGGAUGGCGGAUGCGGUGGGCCUUGGGGAGUGAGGCAGAGCCUUAGUGCGGGUUGAGAACUCGCGCGGGGCGGUGUGUCCUCUCAGGGCUCGAUUCGGUGCUGCACCGGGGACAGCCCCCGUGCCUGUUAUCAUAUGUUGGCAAA